AUGAUUGACAAAGUUGCAGUCGUGCUUAUUAGAGCAGUAGACUCUCCACCGAGCACUACCCUCCAAACGGCUCCAUCUGAAGGCGAUUCAGCAAAUCAUGCAAAUGGUGAAGUUAUUCCCCCAAAAGAUGCUCAGCCUGAGGGGUCAACAGUGGGGCCCACAGACGAUGCAAAGACCCAAGCACCCACUGAAGAACUGAAUGUUGAGGCACAAGUAGAAACAUCAGUUGCCAACACAAAUGCAGAAAACAAGCAAGAAAAUGCUGCAGAGAACAAGGAAAUUCCAGAGGCAGUGUCUGAUGUGAAGACAGCUGAGCAAUCAUUUGCCAAUGCAACUGCAGAAAUCAAGGAAGAUCAAGCUGAUGCAACAGUUGAGCAGCCAAAAAUAGAACUCGAUGAGCCCAGGGUGGCUACAGUUGCUCCUUCGGAAGAUCCUGCUGCAGAAACCUCUGCUGCGGCAAGAACAGAGGAGAGCAAAGGCAUCACUAAAGUCCCUGAGGCCCCUGUGGUCGAACUGAAACCUGAAGAGCAACCUUCAAUCAAAACAGAGUCGGCAAAUGUGACACAUUUGGAGGAGGGAGGAGCAAAAUCAACUGCUCAAACUGCAGAGGAAAGUUGUGAGGAAGGUCUUCCAGAACAGGCAGCAGAAGUUGUUGAAGCUGUGGCUGAGGUUGUGGAAAAUGAAGCGUUAGCUGAGGCUGCUGUGAAGUCACCAACAGAUGGGCCUGCUGUUACAGAUGCAGCAGGAGAAGAGUCUCCUAUCCAAGUCCGUGUUGAAACAGUCCCUGACUUAGUGUCCGCUCAACCUGCUGCUGAAAUGGCUACAGAGGGAAGUUGUGACAAAGGUUCCCAGGAACCGGCUGCAGUAGAAGUUGUUGAAACUGUAACUGAAGUGUCACCAUCUGACACGAGUGACGUUGUUAAUGCAACACCAGGAGAAGUGGCUGCUGUCCAAGAUAUUGUUGAGGCUGUAGCUGAGGUUGCUGUGGAGUCAUCUCCUGAGACACCUGGUGUGACAUUAGCCGCAGAAACAGAGGCUCCUCUCCAAGUCAGAGUUGAACAAGUUCCUGACGUAGUGGCAGAUACUGUUUCUGAAUCUCCUACGAAAGCUGAAACUGCAGUCAAGUCUGUAGAGUGCGAGGUCAAGUCUGCACCCUCAGCAGAGACUGUUUUGGAGACCAAAGCCGAACAGGUAGCUGAAGUCCAGACUGUUGAUAACACUGUUGUCGAGCAAAUAGUUGAACCGACACCUGAGAAAGCAGCAGAUCUUGUGACGGAGUUGAACAUCGAGGAUGCUCUUCUUGAACCUGUACCAGCUUUAGAAGACGUUCAGGAUAAGUCUUCUGACAGUCCCGUUGAACAGUCAAAGGCAUUGGACGUGGAGCACCCCAAAACUGAAGCUGCACCCGAGCCUCAAGAUGAUCCUAAACCUGCCGACCAGAACCAAAACUCCUAUAAGGCCAACAAGAAUAUCAAUGUCUGUUCGUACUGUGACAAAUGCAUUGAUGGAAAUGUGAAGUUCUUCCUCAAUGAACCUGAGAUGACCUUCCACCCCGACUGUCUAAAGUGUGGCGUGUGUGCUAUGGCCCUGGGAGAUUUGCUGACCGCCGUUUUCUUGCAAGGCCAAGUGAUCCAUUGUGGUGGCUGCUUUCAUAAAACUCUCGUGAUCUGAAGCCUAACUUGGACAAGGUGUCGCUGGAGAAGACUCAAAGUGAUUGAUAUCCUGUAUUGUUUUUGAACCAAUUUACCUUCUGAAAGUUUAUUUAAGACAUAGUUUAUUGAAUGUAAGAGUUCUGUAAUGAUUUUUGGCAGCAUUUUACUUUUAGUAGAAAUAACCAAAGAUGCUGGCCUAAAAUACAAUCAACAUAACAUAUUUGUAUUGCGACAAACUGUAUAAUGAUUGAAUAAAAUCACAUUUAACUGUCCCAAUUGUAAAUGGUUUAUUCAGCCUUAAUUAAAAACACACAACACAACCUUCUCACUAAGUAGCAGGGCUACACAUUAAACACAAGUCACCUGGAGGCACGUUAUUGAAGCAUCAAAACCCCAGUAACAUAAAAACAGCGUUUUCAAGCAGAAACCCCAAAACAUCCAUAAGAAUACACCUCCUUGUUCCCCUCCUAAGCAGUGGCAUUUAAACUAAGCAGAAAUGCAUUGAGUGAAUGCAAAGUACAUGUAUUCUAACU